AUGUUAUUGGGUUACCUGCCGCCUGUACAGGACCGACAGCCUUCUGGGUUGCAAAAGAAAAGAGAGGAAUAUGAAGAGCUUCGGAGAAGGCAUUAUCUCCCGGUAGAAGCAGAAGCUCCCAGUGGGGAUGUUGAUGGGGCCAUACUUCGUCAGAUUCGGCUGGACAUCCCACGGACAUCUCCGGGCCUUCCGAUAUUUGGUCAUCAGCGAAUACAGCAGCUGCUGGAACGGAUUCUUUUUAUUUGGUCUUUGCGACAUCCUGCAAGCGGCUAUGUUCAAGGAAUCAAUGACCUUGCAACUCCUUUUGUGGUUGUCCUACUGGCUUCCGAGCUUGAUUGCUUGCCAGAAGAGAUAAAUGUGGAUGCUGCAAGCGAUGAUACGCUUGAUGCUGUGGAGGCUGGAGCCUAUUGGUGUUUGACAAAAUUCUUAAGUGAUAUUCAAGACCACUAUACAAGUGGUCAGCCUGGAAUUCAACAAAUGGUUGCAAAGCUACGGGAGAUCGUGCAUCGAAUUGACCAAAAGCUCUACGAUCAUUUGGAAGAGCAGGGACUAGAUUUUCUGCAGCUCUCCUUCAGAUGGAUGAACUGCCUGCUAUUGAGAGAAUUUCCCUUUCCUUGUGUGAUUCGCUUAUGGGAUACAUACAUUGCGGAGCCGCUGGAAGGGUUUUCAUCAUUUCAUGUCUAUGCCAGUGUGUGCAGUAUUCCUGAUUUACUGGUCUCCACAGCUGAAACAAAUGGAUUAUCAGAGCUGGGACUUGCGCCCUAUGUCACUCGCCCCUUAAAGAUAAAAGAAGACCUCAAAGCCAACAGGUACUUCAUCGCAUCUGAGUACAAUUACCAUGCAGGUUCGCAUCGUUCUCCCUGGACAGACAGGUACAUUCCUUCACCUCCAGGUGGUGAAGCGGAAGAGGAGAAGCUUUUCAGACCACCAGGGCGCCUGGGACGUUUGGAACAAACUUUCAACGAGGUGUUUGCAGCAUAUGCAACCAGCUAUUAUGAAGGCAGCGUCUCUUCUGUGUACCUUUGGGACCUUGAAGAGGGCUACGCAGGUGCCUUUCUUAUUCGCAAAGAGCUCCCGAAGAUUUUUGGGGACGGGAAGAAUGGUGUUUGGGACGCAGUGCACUUAUUGGAGGUGAGAGAUGCUGCAAAUUCCCACUAUGUAGACUUCAAGUUGUCCAGCGCAGUCGUGCUGCACACACAGGUCUCUCAGAAGGAGGAACAGACUGAGAUCUCUGCGCACUUGACUCGACAGGCUGAAUCACGGCUUGAUCGCAGAAAGAAGUCCGGCGAGGACGCACAAGUCAUCCAAAUCGGAACUAUGAUUGAGGACAACGAGAACUUUCUACGUCAAAGCCUAGAAUGUAUCCACGUUGCACAUGGCUUCGCAGCAACGGGGCUGCCUGCGGUUGGCGUACGGCGCCAAGCAGCACUCCAUCCUCGAUUCAAUCAGGCUUCCGAGGGAUUCACCUUCCACGGCGGCAAAGUCAGCAACGCGGAAAGAGCUUUCCGCAGCUUUGGCAUCCCCGGCUGCAGGUGCUGA